AUGUCUCUCCGUGUUAUCACCCAAUACAUCCCAUCCGCCCGCCAGCUCAAGGCCUCAGCCUGGGAUCUAGUUGAGCCCUUCAUCACGACGGUCGACGUGGACGGCGUCACUGAAAACGGGACCUUCCGUCGAGGUCCGCUGUUCUCACGCCGUGCACAAUGGUGCAUCCCCCUGAACAUCAUGAUGUUCCUCUUCUAUAUUAAUAUUCUCCCUGAGGACCUAUGGCACAUUGGUGCCUUCACUACCGCCUUCACCUGCCUCCUCGCGCUCAUGCAGCGUGAAUCAGCGACAGGGACUCUUGUGCGGUUUUGUCCGCAACGGGCAAAAGUGAUUGUCCGCGCGGCAAUCCUCUACGUGCUUUGCUAUGCUGUUCUUCCGACUGGAUCGUUUUACAUCGCUGGUCCUUGGUGUUGCGUGUACCUUAGCGUCUUGUUGCUUAGCGAGCGUGGGUACGGGUAUGAGCGCGAUGGGUUGUGGACUCCACGUCUGCAAGUGAAAGUCUUCCUCGUGGCGAUCGCCAUGACGGCUCUGGAGAUUGUCGUUUCACCUGCGGCUGAACUACGUGCGCAGUAA